AUGGGCUGUAACCUGUGCACGCUGCAGAAGAGAGAGGAGCACUACAAGCUGCUGUACGAGAUCGCACAGGUGAAUGGUCGUGAGUUCUCGAAGUCUGGUCAUGAUGGGACGGUGGAGGCCCUGCGGAAGGAGCCGAUCGUGGUGCAGGUUUUAAGACGUGGCCCAUCGUCUGUAACCCAGAGCCUGCAGGAGGUUUGUGUGGUGGACGUUUGCACUCAGACUGACAUCACCUUUGAGCACAUCAUGGCUCUGGCUAAAAUGAGACCCUCGACUCCACCGGUGCCAGACAUCUGUCCAUUCCUGCUGUCCGACAGCUGUCAUUCCAUUCAGACUAUGGAGCAUGAAUAUUUCGAUUGUCCAGAAUAUGUAGCCAGCACUCAGGCAGAUGUGGACAGAGCAGUUGAGUUUGAGUGUGAGGAGGUUGAGCUCUGUCGAAUGAACAGCCAGGAAAAGCUGGGUUUGACUCUGUGUUACCGCACUGAUGACGAGGAAGAUACAGCAAUCUUUGUUGGUCAGGUCGAGCUCAACAGCAUCGCUGCGAGGGAUGGACGCAUCAGAGAGGGAGACCGGAUUUUACAGAUAAAUGGUCGUGAUGUGCAGAACAGGGAAGAAGCGGUUGCACUCCUUUCAAAUGAAAAUUCAAGAUCCAUAGUGUUACUUGUCACAAGACCUGAAGGACAGAUGGAUGGAAACUGGCUUGACGAGGAUCAUCAUGAUUUCCUCGAAGAGCUGAAGAUGGAGAUUUUAGAGGAACAGAAAAAAGAGGGAAUCCUUCAAACAGCAGGUUGCAUGAAGCUUUCUACAAGGCAGGAGGAUGCAAGUACAGAUACAGCAACAUGCUCCUCCUCCAUUCUUGAGAAAGACAGUGGCAUGAAAUGUAGCUUUGAGGAAAGUUCUGAACAUGAGUUUCUGUCUUAUCCCCGGACUCAAAAACAACUUCGGGACAGGUGGGAAGCAAGCUCACAUUUGGUUCCUAUGGACACCAUGCAGGAGAAAAAGGGUCAGGAUAACAGAUUGAGCGAAAACGGGGUGGAAUGUGACCAUUUUCAGCAACUUCUAGAGCUUAAGUGCCAGAUCCGCAAUGGUGGAGAAUGCGGGUUAGUCUAUAGGCGAAGCAGCACUAUUGAGUGCAGCCUCACAGAGCAAGGUGGAAGUGGAGUGGCAAGGGAGUUGCACAUGCUCAACGAAGAGCUGCGCAGCAUUGAACUUGAGUGUCAGAGCAUCAUGCAAGCUCAUCAGUUGCGCAGGAGCAAGCAUGACUCACCUAGAAUGGAUAAGGAAAAUCGUCUGCGACGUGGCAAGCUUGCAGAUAUUAAUGAGCAUCCUGAAAGACUACAAAGUGAGAAGCUCAGAGAUAAAGACAGCUCUAGUGCCUACAAUACAGCUGAAAGUUCCCGCUCAACUCCCCUGGGAACAGAAGGAUCACCUGAUCACUCCUUACAACGUCGAAUCCACUUGACCAACCAGAGGAACCUUCGAAGUAUGCAGAGUCCCUACAGUAGCCCCAUCUUGUCUUUACCCAGCCAAAGUAGCUCCACUUGCAGCCGUGCCCAUACCUACACCAGCUCCACACCUCCAUUACAGACCCCCAUCACCAGUCCCGGAUCACAAGGACCCAGCCAGGCCUUCUCCAGCAGUUUGGAGCAAAGUCCCAGCAACCCUUCAGAGUCAGACCCAGCACUUCCUGCUGAUGAUGAGCGCUGUGAGAAAGAAAGAAACAGGAAUAGGUUAGCAGCGGCUCGACAAUAUCAUUCGCCCUACCACACCAGCACUACAACAACCCAGCCUCCCAGCACACGCCACUACCAGAGUUACCUUCAGCUCCUACAACAACAUUCCUCUUCCUCUCUGGAAUACUCCCAAAGUCAGCUUAGCCUCCUCAGCCUCCGCGGACGGCCUGGACCUUCGCAAGCUGGUAGACUUGAAUGGAAGGUCAAAGUCCGAGCAGACGGAACCAGGUAUGUAGCACGUCGUCCAGCACGAGAUCGUAUCCUACGUGAACGAGCCUUACGAAUAAGGGAGGAACGCAGCGGCGGGAUGACUACGGAUGAUGAUGCAGUCAGCGAGCUGAAGAUGGGGCGGUACUGGAGCAAAGAAGAACGCAAGCAGCAGCUAGCCAGGGCAAGGGAACAGCGACGCAGGAGGGAGUUCAUGCAGAAAAGCCGACUUGAGUGCCUCAGGGAAACUAUGGGGACGGCAAGCGGGGAGGUCAGCAUCCUGGAGCUCAGCCAUAAGAAGAUGCUGAAGAAACGAAACAAGAAGAUCCUUGACAACUGGAUGACCAUUCAAGAACUCAUGAGUCAUGGAGCACGAGCACCUGAGGGCACCAAAGUUCACAAUGCCUUCCUUUCAGUCACUACAGUUUAG